CCAAGCAACAGCCACUCCCUCGAGCUUGCAACCGCCAACACUCCCUCGCCGCCAUGUUGGCGCAACCGGCUCUUAACCGCCACCCGGCGCCCUCUCUUCCUCCUCCGCCGUCUCAGUACUGCCUCGUCAGCUGGCGGGGCGGUGCCGUCCGCCUCUACUUCUGAAGCGGCGGUUGGCGAGAUUUGAACCCUUAUGUUUUCAGGGCAGGAGAAACUUAACAUGGGGAAAAACGCCAUGAGGCUUCUCUGUACUUCACUUUCUCUUGCCCUCAUUUGCUGGCUAGCUGAAGGUACCCUGUCAAAAACAGAUGCAAAGAAAGGUGCUACAAAAAAACUGGAAGAAAAGACGCUGCAUUCUGAUAAAAAUGUGCAGGACCGGGGACUGGUAGUUGUGGAUCCAAAGGCAAAGGAUAUUAUACUGGAACACAGAAGCUAUUGCUCCAAGAAGAUGAAGGAAAGACAUUUCUCGGGAGAUGUUCUGGGAUAUGUUACUCCUUGGAACAGCCAUGGCUAUGACAUUGCUAAAAUAUUUGGAAACAAAUUUACGCUAAUCUCACCAGUCUGGUUACAAGUGAAAAGGAGAGGGAAGGAAAGGUUCCAGUUCACUGGGCUCCAUGAUGCUGAUAAAGGCUGGAUGAAAGAUGUCAGAAAAACCUCCAAAAACAUCAAAAUAGUGCCUCGAAUUUUGUUUGAUGGCUGGACUUACCAGGACUUCGAGACUGUUUUUGGCAGUGAGGAUGAGAUAGAGGAGCUUUCUGAGAGCAUGGUUCUGCUAGCCAAGAAUGAAAAUUUUGAUGGUUUUGUAGUUGAAGUUUGGAGUCAGCUGGGAAAUCAAAAGCAAACGGAGUUGAUUCACUUGCUCAUUCACCUUUCUGAAGCUUUGCGUGAAGCACAACUUAAACUCAUACUGGUCAUCCCUCCUGCAGUUGCACCAGGGACUAACCAGCCGGGAAUGUUCACAAAGAAGGAAUUUGAUCAGUUGGCCUCAGCAAUAGACAGCUUCAGUCUCAUGACAUAUGACUAUUCAACACCACAACGACCUGGUCCGAAUUCCCCUCUUCCCUGGGUACGAGCCUGUGUUCAAGUACUGGAUCCUGAUUCAAAAUGGAGGAAUAAAAUACUUCUUGGGCUGAAUUUCUAUGGCAUGGACUAUUCUGCUUUGGGAGCCUCUGGGGAGCCAAUCCUUGGUAGCAGGUACAUUGAAACCUUGAAGGAGCACAAACCAAAAAUUGUCUGGGAUGAACAAAUUGCUGAACACUACUUUGAAUACAAAAAAAAUAAAGGAGGAAAACAUGCUGUCUUCUACCCAACACUGAAGUCCAUCCAGUUGCGCGUAGAGCUUGCAAAAGAAUUGGGCACUGGAAUAUCCAUCUGGGAACUGGGACAAGGCCUGGACUAUUUUUAUGACCUGCUUUAAAAUAAGAGAUGAUCUGGGAAAGACUUUGUUUGCUCCACUGAGACUCCACCUUCAAUUAAUUUGGGUAUCCUGGAGAGGUGAUUUUUAAAACAUUUUUUGUAAUUUAUAUCAUAUCUGUAUUAACCUUGCAUUUUUCCCAAUAAAGAACCUUUUCUGAUUUGCCACACAGGCGUGAUUGUUGGU